GCGCGGCGUAUUCCAGUCACGAACACUUCAACUCACGGAACGCUCACCUGCCUUAUCGCGCACCUGUCUGACCGGCCUCACCUGUCCACUAAUGAGAGGAGGCGGGAACAAUGCCUCGCGGGGCAGGCGGCACCGAGACUCUGCACCAGAAGAGGCUUUACCCUCCUCAAGUACGGAGGCGACAUGAGGCUGGUGACUGUGUGGGCGUGGGCGAUGCUGUGGGCGUGGGCGGCAUUGCUGCGGGCCAUCGGAGGCGUGGACAUGGUGAUGUUUGGACGCGUUCUGGUGGAGUCUUCUUGGUUCAGCAAAGUCGAUAGGGAGACGAAGAGCUUGUCGAGCCUGGUCCUGUGUGGCGCAGAGUGCACGCGUGUGAAAUGGUGCCAGCUGUGGUGCCUCGUCCAGCCCGGUGAGUGCCUGCUCACGUCCCUCGUCGUGUCGGGGUCGUACCAACCCUUGGAGCUAAACGACAUCCGCCUGUGCUACACCAGCAGACGGCCAGAUUUCGCUGUGGGAUCCUCCAUCUUUUCUUCCCAGAGAUACGAUGACACCAGACCGAAGGAGAACCUGGUGGACGGCAUCUACAACUGGAACGUGAUGCAAAGUUCUAUUAUUGUAUCAGAUAAUGCCACGGCCUGGUUCCUGGUGGACCUGGGAGUCCCUCGCAGGGUGUCUAAGGUGCUGCUGAUAGCUCAGCCCACUGAUCUUGCCAGGCAUUGGUUUCAAGACCUUGAAGUGCGAGUCGGGGAUAUACAAGAGACGGGGAACUUUACGUCAUAUACUCUGCUGGGAACCUUCGUGGGUCCGGGAAAUACUAGCCAAGUGGUGGUGAUACGCCCCUCAGCCCCCCUCGUGGGCCGCUACGUGUCCAUACAGAGGAUGACUGAAGGCAGGCUGCAGAUAUCUCACCUGGAGAUACGCUAGUGCCGCGCCUCGAGAGGUGAUAUUUGCCAGUUUUCUUUCUGUUCAAGAGUUCGCGGUGUGUGACCUGUGUGUGACCCAUUUAAGAAUAAUGUAGAAAAAAAGAGACAAGAUUAUGAAUUUCGUGUUUCUUAAAGAAGCCUUAUACUGUGACUUGCUGACGAUAAUUUCAAGAGAA